CCACUGUUGAUCGUUGUUCGUUUCUCUCCCGUACAUCUUGGCGCGGUGGGCAGGCGCAUACUAGGUUCCCUUCUCUCAGAUCUCCUGAGCUUCGCCAACCUCUUUGUUCUCGUUUCCGCACUAUUUCACCAUGAACGCUCGUCCACAUAAGCAGUCUAUGUCGGAGCUAAAGCUUCGCAGGCUCACAGAACACAACCAACGACUGCGAGAGGAUCUCGCGCGACCGCGAAUGAGAGUGAGCGAAGCCAGCGCAAGUUUAAUUCGUUACUGCAAGACCACAAAAGACCACCUGGUACCUUCUGUGUGGGGACCCGUUGGAAGGGGUGAGGACCCGUACGCACCGCCGCAAACAGGCUGCACCUGUAUCGUGAUGUGAUAUGUUAUUCCUUAUACCCCAUACCGUGACAUACCCCCUUUCAUUUUCUGUCUACGGAAAGAACGGAGGAAACUCCAAACACUCUUUCCUGCGCGACACCUCCACGCAUCCUACGCACAUCAAACCGCCCACGCUCGUUACACGUAUCCUACAUAUCCUCGUCAUCGUGACUUUCCAAAACCUGACGGACGAUUCAUGGCUUGCACAUCCUUACACUCCAGUCGUAUACAUAUUGCUUAGAACUGCAAAUCCUUUGCCGCUUCGAGUCGUUCCAGGGUCUCUUUUAUCCAUUUCGAGCAUGACAUUCUUUACAUGGUUCAUUCUCUCACUUUUUUGCAUAGCUCGGUGUUUUAUUUGUUUUUAUCAGUCUUUGUCUCGGCUGGAGGUGCAUCUAUGUGAUAUAUAUUUGUUGGGAAGAGACCUUUGACAAUGAAGCCAUUUACUAUCAUA